AUGGAGCAGCCCGUUAAUCCCGAGAACGACGAGCCAGUGGGAGAAAGUGAAACCCCAUCUACUUCGAAAACAUACGAAGAGCGGUUUAUGGAAAACGUAAAAUAUUUAGGUCCUGUAAGACAGCGUAUGAUUCCGAGUAAGUUCAGAGACAAUGCAUGUCCAGUAGUUGAGUCUUUAACAUUUGAAGUUGAUGAUCAAAAAAGUGUCCAAAGAGCGCUGAAUGGGAAGUAUGCGGAGGAAUGGAAAGACACGACGAUCUCAGAAUAUUCUUCCUUACUAGAAAAUGAUACAUGGGAAUUGGUUCCUCCCUGUGAUGAUCAAAACGUAGUCGGAUCGCGGUGGGUGCUAAAGGUAAAGCGGAAAGAAGAUGGAUCAAUUGAUCACUUCAAAGCGAGAGUUGUAGCUCAAGGAUACUCCCAAACAAAAGGAGCGGAUUAUGACGAAGUAUUUUCCCCCGUGGUCAGACAUACAUCUUUACAUGGACAGACAUUUAUAUGGAACAACCGGAAGGUUUUGUUGAUCCAGACAAACCAGAUUAUCUUUGUAAGCUGCAGAAAAAGUAUCUACGGUCUCAAACAGUCUGCAUGCUGUUGGAAUGACAUGCUCGAUGGAUACUUAAAGUCGAGAGGAUACAGAAAAAGUGGUGCAGAUGGUUGCAUUUAUGUUAAAUCAGUUAAAAAGGACAGUGAUACUCGGACUUUACGUGGAUGAUAUAAUUCCAGUUUCCAACAAUAUCCAAAUGCUGAAUUCAGAGAAGAAAGCGCUCAGCGAAAGAUUUAAGAUGGAUGACAGAGGUGAAGUUCAUUACCUAUUGGGAAUGCUGAUUAAACAAGAUCGAGAAGCCAGAGUUACUACAAUUAGUCAGCGUAAUUACGUGGAACGAGUCCUAAGCAAAUUCGGAAUGGAAUCCACUGGAACCUGGGACAAAGUUUUCAGAGUUGUCAAAUGAGGAUGAAAAAUUUGACACACAAACAUACCAGCAAGUGAUUGGAUGCCUAACCUAUCUUUCAGUGAUUUCAAGACCAGAUAUCUCAGCUGCAGUGGGAGCACUUUCACAAUUUAUGGCAAAACCUAGCAAAGAUCAUUGGAUCAGAGUGAAACGUGUAUUACGAUAUCUUAAAGGAACUUUAGAUUAUGGCCUGAAAUACUCAGCAGAUGAAAACCCUACACUAGUCGGUUAUUCAGACUCUGACUGGGCAGGCGAUAUUAAUACUCGUCGAUCAACAUCAGGUUAUGUAUUUCAAGUUGCUAAUAGCACAGUUAGUUGGUCGAGCAAAAGGCAGAGGACAGUCGCAAAGAGUUCAACAAAAGCAGAAUAUAUUGCCUUAAGUUUAGCCGUGCAAGAAGCGAUAUGGUUACAAAGACUGUUAUAUGAUGUUGGAUUUAAAAUCAGAAAACCGAUAACAAUCUUCGAAAACAACCAAGGACCAAUAGAAUUGGCAAAGAAUGCCAAAUAUCAUAAUAGAACGAAACAUAUUGACAUUUGCCAUCAUUUCGUUUGUGAACGCGUUCAGUCGAAGGAGAUCAAUGUAGUAUAUUGUCGAACAGAUGAUAUGAAAGCAGACAUACUAACAAAAGGAUUAGCAAGAUCAAGUUAUGAAAAGUUAAGGGACUUGAUUAGGAUUACAUCUGUUUGA